UGUUUCUACACAAAAUUCCACUGAAGAGUUAUCCAUUAAUCCAGAAAGUGACCGGAGACGGAGCAGACGGCGAUCCCAGCGAGCCAUGAGGAAUCUCCUGCUGAUAUCGGCCCUGGUCGCCCUGUGCGUCCCACCGCCGUGCCAUGGCGGACGGAAGAUGGAGAUCCGCAGCAUGCACAUACACAGCAGGGUCUCCUCCCGCUUUGCUCGAACCUUCAUCACCACCAUCAUCCAAAACGUAUGUAACUCCUCCCAAGAAACCGCCAUUGAAAUGGAGCUUCCGAAAACAGCGUUCAUCACCAACUUCACCAUGAUCAUUAACAAUGUUACAACCACCGGGAUCGUUAAAGAGAAGGCUGAGGCGAAGAAAGAGUAUCAGAAAGCCGUAUCCAGGGGCCAGAGCGCUGGUCUGGUCCAAUCUACUGGACGCAGAAUGGAGAACUUUAAAGUCUCAGUGAAUGUGGGGCCUCGGUCUACAGCAACGUUUCAGCUGGUCUAUGAGGAGCUACUGAAGCGGCAGCUCGGGAUCUACGAAUUAUACCUGAGAAUUCGACCCAAAGAGCUGGUGGAAAGCUUUCAGAUCAAUGUGGACAUCAUUGAACCACAAGGGAUCAGUUUUCUGAAAGCCGUUGGGACGUUUAUGACAAAUGAACUUUCUGAUGUGGUCAGAAUAAAUCGUACAGAAAAUAAGGCUCAUAUAGAAUUCCAACCAACCCUGCAGCAGCAGCGCCGGUGUCCGGACUGCGCGGAGACUCUUCUGGACGGGGAUCUCAUGAUAACGUAUGAUGUCCACAGAGAGGCUUCUGCUGGGAAAGUGCAGAUUGUCAAUGGAUACUUUGUUCAUUACUUUGCACCGGCCGACCUUAAGCGUUUACCGAAAAACGUGCUGUUUGUCAUCGACCACAGCGGCUCAAUGUACGGGAACAAAAUCAAGCAGACUUAUGAAGCCUUCACGAAGAUCCUGGAGGACAUGCCGCAGGAGGAUCACAUUGGGCUUCUCAUAUUUGAUGAUAAAGUUGAUUAUUGGAAGAAGAGUCUGGUCCGAGCCACGCCGAAGAACAUCAGACAGGCAAAGCAGUAUGUGAAGAAGAUGACGGCGAGAGGAGGGACAGACAUCAAUAAAGCUCUGCUUACCGCAGCAAAAAUGGUCACUAACGUCACCGCGAACAGAGCGCUGCCUCCUCUCAGCGCCUCCAUGAUACUGUUCCUCUCCGAUGGUGAACCAACGUCCGGAACCACCGAGCCCAAGAAGAUAAUGGACAACGUGAAGCGCUCUCUGGACGGCCGGGCCACCUUGUACUGCCUGGGAUUUGGCAGCGGCGUUGACUUCAACUUUCUGGAGAAAUUGGCUUUAGAGAACGGAGGUCUAGCGCGUCGUAUAUAUGAGGAUUCCGACUCCGCUCUGCAGUUACAGGGCUUCUACAAUGAGGUGGCGAACCCGUUGCUUUUGGAUGUUGAGCUGCAGUAUCUGGAGAAUUCUGUGGAUUACUUGACCAGGAGCAGCUUCAAGCAUUAUUACCAGGGCUCCGAAAUCAUCGUAGCCGGCCGGAUAGCGAAUAACAGCAUGGAGACGCUGACCGCGGAGGUCAAAGCCCAGGGCCUUUCUGAGCCGUUCUCCAUGACUGUGGAAGCUCCAAUGCAGGAGGAGGACGAGGCGUCCCGAGAGCAGCGCUAUAUAUUCGGAGACUUCACCGAGAGGCUGUGGGCUUAUCUGACCAUAGAGCAGCUGCUGACCAAACAGAUUGCAGCGGAAGGUGAAGGUAGAACGAAGAUAACGGAGGAGGCGCUGGACUUGUCCUUGAAGUAUAAUUUUGUGACUCCUUUAACAUCGAUGGUUGUGACUCCGCCCGAGGAGCAGAAUUCCGAGGGGCUGAUUGCAAAUAAAAUGAAGGAACAGGACAUGUAUGAUCCGAAUGAAUCUGCUUUGGAUUACGAAGACUCACAUUAUUUCGGACACUACGACUUGAUGGAAAAUUUGGAAAGCAUGGAUAUAAUGGCGACAGUCGGAUCACAGACAUCAUUGUGUGAGACUUUCCACGUAAUAUUAGGAAAUCUGGAUGAAAGGGACAGAAUCUGUUUCAGAAUUACCGAGGCGCAGAAUUUGACCGUCAACUUGUUUCACGAUGAAAGGACGGGCGUCACCGUGAACGGUAAAAUGAGUGAAGACGGCAGAGGUUUUGGGAGAUUUGGCCUGGAGAAUAAGAGAGCCGGUCUGAAGGUCGAUGUCAAUGCAGAAAAUAUCUCCGUAAUACGGAAUGAGCGCGUCGCCAUUUAUGACUGGACGGCAGCCAUUGAAUAUCCAGGAAUUCUGAAAGUGAAUAAUGAACAAGUGACUUUUCCUCUCGAUGUCGGAGUUAAUUUUACAAUCGCCCUCAGUGGAAACUCGUUGCACCAGUCCUUAUUUAAAGAUGGCAGAUACUCCGCAGGGAAUAGCACCACCGGGGUAAUCGGUCAGUUCAUUAAUAUUGAUGUAAAACUGAACUCUGAUUCCUUCAGCGUUGGCUCGAAGACCGUUCCGCUUCUCAGGUUCCCAGACUGUGAUUUCACUCCGCACGGGGAGGAGCGCCAAGGCCUCUGCCAGCACGCCCACCUCAGCCCUGACAAUCUGCUGGGUGGAGCUGGAUACAUUGUGUCAGACGUCUUUACAAUUCCGCAGUAAUAAUCGACAGAAUGUGGCGGAUAAUCCGGGACCUGGAAUUAAAUCCUCCUUCCUUACAUUUGUUGUCAUUGUGCCGGAGAAAUGUGAUUCCCGUAGAUCACAUGUAAAUUCAGGCGACUUUCUCAUUAUUGGAUAUACAUACUGCCCUUAUAUAACACAACCGAGACGGAGAUCCAGAGCUGUACGUAGCAUUUCACCCUCCAUUGUCCUAUAGGGGCAAAUAGCGGCCGGAGAUACGCAGACCAGAAUUAUUCUGAUGUAUCUAGAGACAAUCGCUGCCCCCAAAAAGUUAUCAAACAUACAAUGCCGACCAUCACCUCAUAGUUGCCAACAGUCCCGAUCUUGGGGACAGUGUAAGCCGGAUUGCGCAUUUCUGUCUGCUUUUGCGCGAAUUCCCAGAAGAACGGGUGAGACGUCAAACAGUCCUGUGAUUGUGGUUUUGAAAUAUUGAUAAUCUGCAUGAUAAUAAAAUGUUCAAAAUCC